UAUGUUUGUUCUUUAACUGCAUAGUGUUUUCUUAAUGAUAAGUCUUACUUUUUCAGAACAGUUAUUAGUAAUACUUUUGAGUUGUUUAUUUCUUUUUGUAUUGGAUCUAGUUUCAGUUCAGUGAAAAAGAUACAGCAGAUGAAUAUGAUUAUGAGAAGUUUGAUAAAUUGUCCAAAGGAAGUUUGAUAAACAAGAUAAAAAGUUUGGAAGAAGAAAUAAACCGGUUGAAAAAAGACAAUGCNCGGUUGAGAACACUUCGGUGUAUAAAUGAAGAUUUAGAAAAGCUGAAAGUGUUGUCCAACUGCAUUCUCAAUGAUUUCAAAAACUUGCAGAAAGACAUUUCCAGUUCUUCUAGCCGUCACCGUGUACACAAUGAUAAAAGCUUCAGUAAAAUCCAAAAACACAGCAUUUCAUCUGAUGUUCAACAAGAAGAUAACAGUACCGAAAGCAGAAACUGAAAAUGACACAGUGAUCACUACCUCAAUAGUAAAAACAGCAUUUAAGACGGAGAAGCAGAUAGACAAAGUAAAAAAACCAGAAGCAGCGAAAAAAAGCUUACAAGAAGUGAGUGGUUACACCGCAAAAAGUAAAAAAAAAUGCUAAAGUAUGAUAUCAUAUUAUGACCACUUACUAAAGUACUUGAAAAAUAGAAUAUUAUAGCUACUGUUUUAUAUUUAAGUCUAAUGUUUUUUUAAGUUUAAGUUUACUGUAAUAUUGGAAGCUAGAAAGAAUGCACACUACCCACAAGCUACCAAACACGAGGGGCAGGGGAAUCGUUCGUUCGCUCCAACUAAUCCCCUCCACUAGGUAGGUUCUAUCGAGACAGUGAGGAUAUGCACACAAGCGAAAACCGUGUGAGCCCACGAACAGUCCGUGGGCUCACUUCUUUCCAGCUCCCAAUAGUACUUCUUAGAGUCGACAGAUGCCUACAGACUCUCUAAGUGGAAAAAGAAGGGAUGAAAAUUCAGCCAGAACACAUGACAGGCCACUCAUCGCGCAUGGUGUAGCGGGGAAAAUCUCCCUUUCACUUCUCUUGCCCGCCAAUGUUGCUUAUCUCUUAGGCGUUCUGGUUGAAUUGUUAUUUUCCGUUAUAAGGAAUAUGAUUGAUUUCGGAGGGCGGCUCAUUGAAAAAGAAAAGAUUAAUCGCAUUGAUAAGAACAAAGGGCUAAUGACUUACGCAAGCUCUUUGAUGGGAAUUGUUUUCAAUUCGGAAGAAAUGGCGACAUCGACAAUGACAGGCACUGUCAGCAACUUCCAGAAAGGUGUUGGCAGCAGCAAAAAGGAAUUAAAUUCUUCUGUGAGAGAUGCUGUUAUUGAUUUUGUGAUGAAAACAUUUCCUGUCUCCAAUGAUAUUGGAGGUGUUUUUAACAAGUCCAUCAAAAUCGCCAUGAAAGUGAAACUAAAUAACGAGGCUUUAAAUCUAAAAAAAAAAAAGAAGUUGCUGCAGAGUGCCAUGACCAAUCAACUAACAACAUCUUCUGUACUUUCAACAGCGCAAGAAGAGCCUUAAGAUUAACAAUCAACAGUAACUCUGCUGUUGUUGUUACUUUUAUAUAUGCAGUUAUUA